AUGUGUGCUAUGUGCAAGUUUUUGCCUGCAUAUGACAACAGAAUGAGCUGGGCAAUAUUGAAGAAAAUUCGAAACGCAAUUAGAAUGAUCAUCAAUGAAGAGAGCAAAAUAAAUCAAAAUUCGAAGAGUCUGAUAAGCCUGUUUGCUUCAGAGGGAUUGCCGGUGGAAAAAAAAAUCAUGGAUGAAUGCCAGACAUUCUACAUUGCAGGAAAGGAAACAAUUGCUAUUUUAUUGGCUUGCGCGAUACUGCUACUGGCGUUGCAUCAAGAUUGGCAAGACAGGGCACGAGAAGAGGUUUUCCGAUUGACCAUGAUAGUGAACGAAGCACUUCGACUCUACCCUCCUGUUCCAUUCCUGAUGAGGCAUGCUGCUGAGAAUGAUCAAGUUGGGAAAGUUAGACGUUCCAGCUGGUACACAAUUCUACUUGGCCCCCGUGACAGUGCACAUUUGCUGGGCAAGUUGUAA